ACAUCUGGAGGGUAUUGAAACACCCUGAAUGAGGUGACGAGUAUUCUAGACACUUACCGUUUUUUAAAAACCAUACCUUUAUCUCCUUUUUUCCAUUUCAAAUGGAGGCUGAAUCUUUCCUUCCUGUCCUGUGCUGAGUGAUAGCCUGGGUGAAGAUGAAGCUACACAGGGUGGUGCUGGCUGGCUGCAUGAACUGCACAAGGACAUAUCUGCCAUUUAGUGGAAACUUGCAUCCAAAGCGCCUUUUAAGCUCUGUUGGUCCUUUCUCCUCAAGUGUUGAUGGGUAUCGGGCCCUGAUCCUUUGCAGUGCUCGACCAGUGCUCUACCCUCUGAAGUACACUGUGCCACUUGGACACAGAAAGCUGGGACUGAACAGCAGGAGCUACAGCCACGUUGUUUCAAACUCACUAAACUACUCUCAAACACUGCCCGAGUCCAGAUGUCAGAUCAGAAGAUCUCAGUCUGCUCCUGUGAGAACAAAGAAUCUGCUGCAAGGGGGCGCAGCGCUGCCUGUGUCCUCAAUCCGCCACAGAAUGACAGAAGCUCCUCUCUCCGGUGUGGUACCUAUGUUUGUCGUGAUGAAAUUUGACCCAGAGGGAAAUGUGACAACAUUUGAGAAGAAGAAAACAGAGCUUUGCCAGGAGUUAAGUCUUCAGGCCAGAGACCUUCGCUUUCAGCACAGUACCACCCUCACUGCUCGAAACAACUGCAUCAUUAUACGAAUGGAGUCUUUGAAAGCCAUCGUGACCCCGCAGUGUCUUUUGGUGCUGGAUUUUCGUGGUCUGGGAUUAGAACGUUGGUUGGUGCUGGAGCUUCCCCCACAGCUAACAUCGCAGACACACUCCCUGCCCUUUGAGUUCAGAGCACUGGAGGCCAUACUGCAGUACAAGGUUAACACUCUUCAAGCCAAGCUGAAUGAAGUUGAACCAAUAAUAUUGGACAUAUUGGAAUCCCUGGUGGAUCCUAAAAUCCUUUCUGCCGAUAGAAGUAAACUGCAUAUACUGCUGCAGAACAGUAAGAGUUUAUCAGAGUUGGAGACAGACAUCAAAGUUUUUAAGGACUCCUUGCUGAAGAUUUUGGAUGAGGAUGAGAUCAUUGAAGAACUCUGUCUUACCAAAUGGACAGAUCCAAGAGUUUUUGAGGAGAGCAGUUUGGGUAUUGACCACGCUGAAGAGAUGGAACUGUUAUUGGAGAAUUGCUAUAUGCAGGCUGAGGAGUUGGGGAACAAGGCCAGAGAGCUUAAAGACCUGAUAGACGACUCUGAGAGUGUCAUCUUUAUCAAUCUGGACAGCCAUCGUAAUGUGAUGAUGCGUCUGAGUCUGCAGCUGACGAUGGGAACCUUCUCCCUCUCCCUGUUUGGUCUGAUAGGAGUGGCCUUUGGAAUGAAUUUGGAGUCAUCCUUUGAAGAGGACACUCGUGUUUUCUGGCUGGUAACAGGCCUCAUGUUCUUGGGCAGCGGGCUGAUAUGGAGACGACUGCUGUCAUUUCUUGGGCGACAUCUAGAGCCUUCAGUGCCCCCACCAAUCCCUCCAGUCUGGAAGAGAAAUCUGAAAGCAUCAGACGCCAAGGCUGGAAUCAGAUGAUGUUGUACCUCUGCUCUGCAAAAUGCCACAGACCUCCUACAGACCUCCAACAGACGCAGCUUUAAAGAUGAUUGUUUUAUCAUCCCAGACCUCCGAAGGUUGCAUACAAAUGUCUGAAGACCACUGUGCAAUAUGUUUUUCUGUGUCCUGUCCUGUUACAGUUUAUGUUGGGAUCAUAUGUUAGAUGUUUGAUUGGAUGUCCUUGUGUAUAUAGUGAGGAUUAAACAUGUGGGCACAGAGUAUUGCUCUGUCUUCACUGGUUUUAGAGAAGUGGGUUCAUGCAAGUCGCAGCAGUGGACCUGAAACAGAUGACAACCAAACUAAUGUAAUAACCACCUUACAUGCAGUUGUGCAUUCCCUCAUUUCAUUGGUGAAAAAAGUGUUGUAAAGCAUAAAAUAAUUAUUUAAAUAAAUGUUAACUUUAUUAA